AUGAGAGACGUUGAGAAGAGCCCCGCAGCAUCAGCAGUGAGCAGAGCAGCGGAGGAGAAGAAAGACACUGAGAAGGGCCCGGCUAAAGCGACGAAAGCAGCGUUAGCAGUGGGUGAGGAGAGGGACAUUGAGGAGAGCCCCGCUGGGAAAGCUAAUGCUGCAGCAGCAGUGAGCAUAGCAGCGGAGGAGGAGAAAGCCGGCGAGAAGGACAAGCAGGACCCGGGGGAAGGGACGUCUGGGUGGAAGCCAAACAUUGAUGGAGCAGGCCCGAAAAGGAGCAGCGGAGAUGAGGAGGCAGACGGGGAGAGACGCCAGAAUGCGGGAAGGAGAGAAGGAAAAGGGAAAAUCGACGGGGGAAACAACGGAGAAAGGAAGAGGGACGAUGAAAAGAAGGAAAGAGGAGAGAGAGCGGCGGAAGGAGGAAGAGAGAAAGACGAAGACGAAGUGGAAUAUCUGGUGGAGAGGACACUUCAAGUCAACGUGGAGGCAAAACUGGAACAUCAACACACAAAUUCGAGCCUGUGGAAGCUGCAGGGGUACGCGGCUGCCUACCUGGCCUCCCUCUAUGGGCACCGCCUGGGAGUGUUCAUCAACAUGACGGACCUUGAGGUCAGCGAGGCAGUUCACGGCGAUAAAGAUGACUACUUGCUCAACAUGACACACCACAAGAAAAGGGCCCAGGAGGAGGAGGAGGCGGAGGAGGCGGGGAUGAAGAAGAGAACCCCAAGGGUGACCAGGAGCCAUGCAGACUUAAACAAGAGAAGGUGCCGGAUUAUGCUGUCGCCACUCAAAAGAACCAGCCCAUGCAAAAGGCCUCAGCACCUAAGACCCCGGCGCAGUCGGAAGGGGACACCGCGGAAACGUUUUCCAUGAAUGUGUUCUUGUCCGUAAAUGUUUGUAAAUAUUUGUUGUUAUUUAAUGUUCGUAAAUGUUCCUUGUUGUUAUUUAAUGUUCAG